CACAUACAGUCGAAGGCUACAAAUCGAAUCGCAAAGAUGUCACAGAUCCAGCCAUUAAGCGAGGAGCUACAAAUCAUUACCAUCGAUGAGUUGAACGAAAAUCCCUUAGAAAUCAAUAGCAAAUUAAAUGCUUUCCGGGCAUGGAUAGUGGGACAGCCUCAUCUAAGGGCCCGUAUUGAUGAUCAAUUUUUGCUACAAUUUUUACGUAGCACUGAAUACGAUUUAACGGCGGCUGGGAAGAAAUUGGAUAAUUUUUUUGCCUUCAAAACCGUGGUGACAAAUCAACUGGAAUUUGGAAGGGCGAAAUUUUGGGAGCUGUAUUAUUUGGGGAUCAUUGCCGUUCUACCCACACCAUUGAAUGACAAUGGACCGCGUUUGAUCUACUAUCGUUAUCUAUAUUCUCCCGAUCUAUAUCGCAUUGAAGAACUCAUUGAAAUGUGUAACAUGGUCAAUGAAUCGUUGAUUAAGUCGGAUCCAUAUGCCGGCAUUUCUGGUGUUGUAUAUAUUUUCGACAUGUCCACAGUAUCGCUGAAACACAUCCUGCAGUAUAGCCUGAGUGUGGUCAAGCAAUUGGUCAUGUUCUAUGAGAAAUCCUUGCCACUGCGCAUCAAAGAGAUUUGCUUUACAAAUGUCCCCUUGGCGGCGGAACAUUUAUUUAAAUUAUUGUUGCCGUGCCUCUCCAAAGAGUUGAGGCAGAGGGUUACCAUUUGCGGUAAAAAUAUGGAGAACUUAACCAGAAAAAUACCCCAAAAUUAUUUACCCAGAGAAUGUGGUGGCUCCAAUGGUUCCCUGGCCGAAGUUAUUAAGGAUUAUGCCAUGGUUUUGGAAGCUCAGCGUCAAUAUUUUGAAGAGAACUCUCAAUAUGGUACCGAUGAGAAUUUACGCCAAGGAGUAUUGGAUUUUGAUGGUCUAUGGCAAAAAUGAGUUGGAUGUCAGCAGAAAAAUCAAAAAUAAAAAUGGUAUGGGGUUAUCAACCCCUUGAAAUGUUUAUCAGUUGAUUAGUCUGAAACAAAAAGGUUACUAACAUUGCACAAAUGCAAGUCGCUAUUUUAUAUCAG